AUGGAGGCCUGGAUGGAGGCCUGGAUGGAGGCCUGGAUGGAGGCCUGGGUGGAGGCCUGGAUGGAGGCCUGGAUGGAGGCCUGGGUGGAGGCCUGGAUGGAGGACUGGGUGGAGGCCUGGGUGGAGGCCUGGAUGGAGGCCUGGGUGGAGGCCUGGGUGGAGGCCUGGAUGGAGGACUGGGUGGAGGCCUGGGUGGAGGCCUGGGUGGAGACCUGGGUGGAGGACUGGGUGGAGGACUGGAUGGAGGCCUGGAUGGAGGCCUGGGUGGAGGACUGGGUGGAGGCCUGGAUGGAGGACUGGGUGGAGGCCUGGGUGGAGGCCUGGGUGGAGGACUGGGUGGAGGCCUGGAUGGAGGCCUGGAUGGAGGACUGGGUGGAGGCCUGGGUGGAGGCCUGGAUGGAGGCCUGGAUGGAGGCCUGGGUGGAGGCCUGGGUGGAGGCCUGGAUGGAGGCCAGGGUUGAGGCCUGGGUGGAGGCCUGGGUGGAGGCCUGGAUCGAGGACUGGGUGGAAGACUGGAUGGAGGCCUGGAUGGAGGGCUGGGUGGAGGCCUGGGUGGAGGCCUUCUGUCGCUUCCCACCCCCACCCACAUUCACGGGUUACGGGGGUCACUGA